CUAAUCUCAACAGAGCGGUUGGGAGAUUCAACUUUUAAAUUCAAACACCAUAAAUUUGAAACAUUCGACUCUGUUGGUCUUUGAGUUUCAUCGACGAGCAAAGGAAAUGUCGACUUUAAACUUCCCGCCGGUUCCUACCUCCCCCAGAGACGAUGCUGUUCAGCUUUACCGUGCUUUUAAGGGGCUGGGAUGUGAUACUGCAGCAGUGAUCAAUAUUCUCGCCCAUCGAGAUGCAACUCAUCGUUCUUUGAUUCAACACGAGUAUAGAACAAUGUAUUCUGAAGACCUUCUCAAACGACUGGUCUCGGAGCUUCAUGGAAAACUAGAGACUGCUGUCUUGCUGUGGAUGCAUGAUCCAGCAGGACGUGAUGCGAUAGUCAUAAGGCAGGGACUUUUACCAGAUGUAACGAAUCUUGAUGCUGCAACGGAAGUUAUAUGUUCGCGCACCCCAUCCCAGAUUCAAACGAUUAAACAAAUUUACCAGUCAAAGUUUGGGGUUUUUCUUGAGCAAGAUAUCGAAAGACAUACCUCCGGUGAUCAUAAAAAGCUCUUGCUUGCAUAUGUAAGCACCCCCCGAUAUGAAGGCUUUGAAGUUGAUAGAGAGAUGGCGUUGAAGGAUGUGAAGGACCUCUAUAAAGCAGGAGAGAAGAGAUGGGGAACAGAUGAGAAAACUUUUAUACGCAUAUUUAGCGAAAGAAGUAGGGCACAGCUAGCAGCUAUCAGUGCUGCUUAUCGUGACAUGUAUGGAAGCUCCUUGAAAAAGGCAGUGAAGCGUGAAACAUCUGGGAAGUUCGAGGAUGGUCUCUUGACAAUUUUAAGAUGCUCAGAGAAUCCUGCAAAGUACUUUGCUAAGGUACUGCGUAAGGCAAUGAAAGGUCUGGGAACAGAUGACACUACACUGAUUAGGGUAAUCGUGACACGAACCGAGAUUGAUAUGCAAUAUAUAAAAUCAGAGUACCUGAGGAAAUAUAAAAAGACGUUGAACGAUGCAGUUCACUCAGAAACAUCAGGCCACUAUAGGACUUUUCUUCUCGCACUUUUGGGACCGAACUGUUAAGAGUAAGGGAUGUGAAUACGGUUUGCUUAUAUACAAUAUUGCGAGUUAUGUCUGUCUGUAAAUAAGUAAACCAACCGGAACACCAUAUGUUCGAAUGAUGUUUUCCGUUGGUCGAGUUCCUCUCAUAUCGCUUUGGUAGAAUUAUAAGUGAUUGCGUUGUUGAUUAGGUGAUCAGGAACCAUGUUAGAAGGUCUUGAACUGCAGUUGGUGUGAAUGAUGGCUACCCUUGUAGAGCGAGAAUGCCUGUGUUGGAUAUAAUAUUGUUUGAAUGCUUGCUUUUCCGUUU